AACAUAGCACUUGGUAUUAACUUUCUCAUCUGCUGAAUCCAUGCAGAUUAACUAACUGACAUAUUGUUUCUGAAAGAGUUGGCACUUGUAACUUUUCUCUUGUGUUCAUACUCUAAUUAUAUAACUCACCAAGACAGUGAUCAAUUUUCUCAGUAGAUUGAUUAAUAGGGACAUAACAAAAAGUGAGGCAAAAAUGGCAGGUGGAGCAUUUUCAGAUGCUAGUACCCUCAAGAGGGCCCAUCUUUACGAGCACAGGAUUACUGGAUUUUUCAUCUUUUCUUGCAUUGUUGGAGCUCUUGGUGGCUCUCUGUUUGGCUAUGAUCUUGGUGUUUCAGGUGGAGUUACCUCCAUGGAUGAUUUUCUCAUAGAGUUCUUCCCACAUGUGUAUGAGAGGAAGCAUGCACAUCUUGCAGAAACAGAUUAUUGUAAAUAUGAUGAUCAGAUAUUGACACUCUUUACUUCAUCUCUGUACUUUGCUGCCCUUAUUUCCACAUUUGGUGCUUCCAGUCUAACCAAAAACAAAGGUAGGAAAGCCAGUAUCUUAGCUGGUUCUAUAAGCUUCUUUGUAGGAGCUGUUCUCAAUGCAGCUGCCAAGAACAUUGCAAUGCUGAUCAUUGGGCGUAUCCUUCUAGGAGUAGGCAUUGGAUUUGGUAACCAAGCUGUUCCUCUGUAUCUUUCAGAAAUGGCUCCUGCAAAAAUCAGAGGAGCAGUGAACCAGCUCUUCCAAUUAACAACAUGUUUGGGAAUCUUGAUUGCUAACCUUGUGAACUAUGGCACUGAGAGGCUUCAUCCUUGGGGGUGGAGAUUGUCCCUUGGUUUGGCUACAGUUCCUGCAACUCUAAUGUUUAUUGGAGGUUGUUUAUGUCCUGAGACACCCAACAGUCUUGUGGAACAAGGAAGAAUUCAGGAAGGAAGAUUGGUGUUGGAGAAAGUUAGAGGAACCCGCAAUGUUGAUGCUGAAUUUGAUGAUAUGAUUGAAGCAAGCAGAGAAGCAGAAUCUAUCAAGAACCCAUUCCAGAACCUGUUCAUUAGAAAGAACAGGCCACAGUUAAUAAUUGGUGCCUUGGCUAUUCCAGCAUUCCAGCAGCUAACUGGAAACAACUCCAUCCUCUUUUAUGCUCCUGUCAUUUUCCAAACUUUGGGAUUUGGUUCCGAGGCAUCUCUUUAUUCUUCUACUAUUACCAGUGUAGCACUUGUUCUUGCCACACUGAUCUCAAUGGCUUUUGUUGACAAGUUUGGCAGGAGAGCUUUCUUUUUGGAAGCUGGUGCUGAAAUGAUAUUCUGCAUGGUUGCUAUGGCUAUAGUUUUGGCUGUUGAAUUUGGAAAAGGAAAACAGCUUUCAGUGGGAGUUAGUGUCUUCAUGGUCAUAGUGAUUUUCUUAUUUGUUUUGGCAUAUGGAAGAUCUUGGGGUCCUUUAGGGUGGUUGGUUCCUAGUGAAUUGUUCCCAUUAGAGAUGAGAUCAGCAGGACAGAGUAUUGUGGUGUGUGUCAACAUGUUGUUCACUGCAAUUGUAGCACAAUUCUUCCUUGUCUCACUUUGCCACCUCAGAUAUGGAAUCUUCUUGUUGUUUGGGGCCUUGAUUGCACUCAUGAGUUGCUUUGUCUAUUACCUUCUGCCAGAAACCAAACAAGUCCCAAUUGAGGAGAUUUAUCUUCUGUUUGAGAAGCACUGGUUUUGGAAGAAAGUGGUAGCACCAGAGAACAAUGGGUCUGGGACACACGUAUAAUAAUUAGUAUAAGGCAAAAUCUAGUCUUGUUUGUUGUGAUUUAGGUACAAUAAUUUGAUUGUUCUCACCUUGUAGUGAUGCUCUUUUCAUUGCCAAGGACAUGAACAACUUUUAUUUUUGUAGUAAAGCUAGAACAUUAGCAUAGAUUACUUGUUCUUCAUUAUAUUCUUUGCGUCUUGCAAAUCUCAUUGUAAUGAUUAAUGAUGGCAUGUGAUGAUUUCAUUUGCUAUCUUCUGCGUUGUCCCAAGGUUGAAACGGAUA